AAGCAGCACACAGUGGCUGGGAAACUCAUCCCAAAGCCAGUAGACCUUGGUUAGGCAACAGGUGUCUAUAGAUUUCUGCUCUGAGAAGACACAACAGUUCAAACUUGCAGCAGGAGAAGAUUAGCUUGUCAGAAUAUAUUAAAAAGGAAGGAUUAUUUAUUUAUUUUUAAAUAGGACUGUUUUCAACAUAACCAACUCCGCACUAUUUUAUAAUGACUCUAUCAAUUAGACCUCUCCUCCUGCUGGGGGCGCUGUGUGUCUGCACUGCUGACAAACCAGCCCCAGACCAGACAGGAGACCACGAAAUCACCUUCAGACACAUCUAUAACAUUGACCAGCCCAAGUCCUCUGACUGCAAGUUGGAGUUGGACUCUCUCCCAGCCAAUGGUGAGGGUACUGAACUAGUGGCCACUCCUGUAAGCCUGAAUGCAGACAACAACAUGGUCUUCAAACAUAACAUCCGGCUGCAGACACCCAAGUGUGACUGUGGAGCCUCAGAGGCCUUCAAGUCUAUGCUGUUCAAGCUGAACCGCUUGGAGGAGGAGGUGACCUACCUGAAGGACCAGUGUUCCCAAGGCUGCUGUGGCGGUGGAGCAGGGUUGGCCAGUCUGUGUAGUGGGCACGGGUCCUUCAAGCGGGAUACAUGCAGCUGUGACUGCCAUGAGGGCUGGGAGGGUGAGGACUGUUCCACGCGCAGCUGUCCAAACGAGUGCAGUGACAAUGGGCGGUGUGUGGAUGGCAAGUGCGUCUGCUAUGAGGGCUACAUUGGUGUGGACUGCAGCGAGCAGCUCUGCCUCAAUGACUGUAGCGACAAGGGCCGCUGUGUGGACGGCAUGUGCCAGUGCUUCUCCGGCUUCACAGGCGAGGACUGCAGCCAGCGUACCUGCCUCAACGACUGCAGCAGCAAUGGGGAGUGCGAUGAUGGGGUCUGCAUCUGUGAGGAAGGAUUUUUUGGGGACAACUGCUCCCAAGUGCUCGGCCCCAAAGAGUUCCAUUUAGUGAAAGCUUCUGAAGAAUCCUUGUUGGUGAGCUGGGACUAUGUACCUGGUGCGGAGUACUAUCUUCUCACCUAUUACCCAGAGGGGGCAGAAGGGAAAAUAAAGCAGAUCAAAGUGCCCAAGACCAAGAACUCCCACCUAAUCACCGGCCUGACUUCGGGUGUCAUUUACAUCAUCAAUUUAUACACAUUCAUAAAGUAUAUCUCCAGUGAGCCAAGCAAUUUGGUAGCCAGCACAGUGGUAUCUUCUAUUGACAGUGUCAAUGUGGUCUCUCAGAUGGAGGACUCCAUCCAUGUCGAGUGGAAGAACCCUCCCACUGAAGUAGAUUUUUUCAAACUAACUGUUGUCAACCCAGAAGGUCAGGAAAAUGAGAUCAGGGUUCAAAAGGCAAAAGGAGCAAAAACCAGCUAUAUCAUCAGAGAUCUUCAACCUGGCACUUUAUACCUGAUUAAAGUGCAGGCAGUUAAGGAAGAUAUAGAGGGGAAGCCGUUUUCAGUUAACGGUGUAACAGAUAUUGACGGCCCUAGUAACCUGGUGACCAAGAGUGUGACAGAGGACACUGUCACCCUCACCUGGAACAGGGUGCAGGCUCUCAUUGACGGGUACAGGAUCAGCUACACCUCAGCUGAUGGGCAGAGCCAGGAGAUCUCUGUGGGGGCAGACAGGAACUCCUACAAGCUGACAGGCUUGAGACCCGGAGUGGAGUAUACUGUCUACAUCUGGGCUAUGAAGGGAAAUCGCAGCAGCAAGAAGACCUCCACUAAAGCUAUCACAGAGAUUGAUGCCCCCACUAACCUGGUGACCAAGAGUGUGACCGAGGACACUGCCACCCUCACCUGGAACAGGGUGCAGGCUCUCAUUGACGGGUACAGGAUCAGCUACACCUCAGCUGAUGGGCAGAGCCAGGAGAUCUCUGUGGGGGCAGACAGGAACUCUCACAAGCUGACAGGCUUGAGACCCGGAGUGGAGUAUACUGUCUACAUCUGGGCUAUGAAGGGAAAUCGCAGCAGCAAGAAGACCUCCACUAAAGCUGUUACUGAGAUCGACGCCCCCAGUAACCUGGUGACCAAGAGUGUGACAGAGGACACUGCCACCCUCACCUGGAACAGGGUGCAGGCUCUCAUUGAUGGGUACAGGAUCAGCUACACCUCAGCUGAUGGGCAGAGCCAGGAGAUCUCUGUGGUGGCAGACAGGAACUCUCACAAGCUGACAGGCUUGAGACCCGGAGUGGAGUAUACUGUCUACAUCUGGGCUAUGAAGGGAAAUCGCAGCAGCAAGAAGACCUCCACUAAAGCUAUCACAGAGAUUGAUGCCCCCACUAACCUGGUGACCAAGAGUGUGACCGAGGACACUGCCACCCUCACCUGGAACAGGGUGCAGGCUCUCAUUGACGGGUACAGGAUCAGCUACACCUCAGCUGAUGGGCAGAGCCAGGAGAUCUCUGUGGGGGCAGACAGGAACUCCCACAAGCUGACAGGCUUGAGACCCGGAGUGGAGUAUACUGUCUACAUCUGGGCUAUGAAGGGAAAUCGCAGCAGCAAGAAGACCUCCACUAAAGCUGUAACUGAAAUUGAUGCUCCUACAAAUCUGAGGGUGACUGACGUCAAACAGGCCAGUGGAGUGGUAAUGUGGACCCUUCCACAGGCUGUUAUCAGUGGUUACAUUCUUACUUACAAGAGGGCAGAUGGAAAAGGACAGGAGAAGGAGAAGACUCUUAGCUCAGCUGAUGAAAGUUACCUACUAGGAGGUUUGGAGCAGGGGGUUCACUACAUCGUCCGCCUAGUGGCCUUCAGAGGAGUGAUGCGCAGCAAGACAGUCGAGACAACGUUUACCACAGUCGGAGAUCUUUUCCCCUUCCCCAUGGACUGUACUCAGGCAAUGAAGAAUGGAAACACAUUAAAUGGAAUCUACACCAUCUACCUCAACAGUGACAGAUCCCAACCAAUGAAGGUGUAUUGUGACAUGACCACUGAUGGUGGUGGUUGGAUUGUUAUCCAGAGACGCAACAGCGGCAAAAUUGAUUUCUUGAAACGCUGGAAGAACUACACCCAAGGCUUUGGGGACAUGAAUGAGGAAUUCUGGCUGGGCCUGGACAAGAUGUACGACCUGACAAAUUCACAACAAUAUGAGCUGCGGGUGGAUCUGAGGGCAGGCUCGGAAUCAGCGUACGCCAUCUAUGACAACUUUAAAUUGGCCCCAGCAACAGAGAAAUACAAGUUGACUAUCGGAAACUACAGAGGCACUGCGGGUGAUGCAAUGACCUACCACCAGGGCAGAGCCUUCACAACAGUGGACCGGGAUAAUGACAUUGCCCUCAGUAACUGUGCUUUCACUCACCAUGGAGCGUGGUGGUACAGGAACUGCCACUUGGCCAACUUGAAUGGACAAUAUGGACAAACCACCCAUAGUGUGGGAGUGAACUGGGAGCCAUGGAAGGGACACGAAUUCUCCAUCCCCUUUGUGGAAAUGAAAAUCAGACCCCGCAGUGAAAACCCUGUGCCCGGGAGGAUGAAGAAGUCCCUCUCUGGCAGGGGAAAGAGGAAAACUGAAUGAGAAGAAAAAAGGAAACUAAAACAAUAAGCUUUUAAUAUUAGGAGCAUCAGGACUGCUCAGUUCAGAAUGCAUUUCAAUGGUAGUGUGGCUGCACUGUGCUUUUCACUUUGUGGUCUUUUAUAAUUGUUAGCACCCCGCUCAGCAGGAGAACUGUGGGCCAAUGUGGUUAGCUUUGGUCCAGCAUUGUGGCCAGCCUGCCCCAUAAUACUCACCUCAGACUUGUAUAUACUGUAAAGUGUGGCAGGGAUUACAUAAAUUACCACUAAAUCCAUGGGCACCUAUGCAAACCACUAAAGCCAUUUAUUAAUGUGAAAUAUGUCAUUUUUCUUAGCUGAACGUUUGCUCUUCUUUGAAAUCCUGGUUUAUAACACUAUGUAACACAAUUUUUGUUCCUGGGUAGUAAGUGUCAUUUCGUAAUUGCUUAUG